GCGGCGCGGUGGCUUAGUGCUCCGCAGUGUCCACGCCAGCCGCCCUAAGACGCAGGCGCAGGCGGGGCGGGCGAGCGUCGCGCGGAUGCAUGGCGCUGCUGUAUCGCGCGACGCGGCUCAAGGACCGCGCGGACACGCACGUGUUCACGUUCGUGGUCACCCGCUCCGCCACUCGUGAGCCUGACCGCGACGUCACGUCCAAGGACUUCUGCUGCGCGCACCAGCGAUGGGCAGUCGCCUUCAGCCGCACCGAGGCCUCGCUAGGUGUAUACCUGGUGUGGCGCGGCGUGUGCGAGGGCAUGCGCGUUUACGUCGACUUCACUUUCACAUUGCUUAGCCGCGACCACUUUACCGCCAACGAGGGAUUCUCCGGAAAGCAAGUUAGAUUCUACGCAGGAUGUGCGGCACAAGGUCGAGGCCGCUGCGUUUCGCUCACCGAACUCAACGCCAAGUUCGCAGACGCUCGUGGCGAAUUUCAGCUAGAACUGAGCAUGUCAAGAGUUCGAACCUUAUAUUCUUGUGAGUUGCGUGCUCCUCGUCUGGACACGCCUCCAAUAGCUUUCGCUGGAUUCGACUGGUCAGUGGCUGCUACAGGUGGAGUCGGUAAAGAGCCCCUCACUUUGCGAUUGCAGAGGCUAUCCGGAGAAGGUCAACGUUGUCGCGUAAAAUACGCACUCGCGCUCGGCGAAGGCGACCGCCGAGUACACUCUGGUCCUCUCGAGUGCCUCUGCGAUGCGGAAGGAGGCACUCCGCCUUGGACACCACGUCCACCUUCUCGUCUUCUUCAUAAAGGUGUUCGAUUAACCGUGGAGUUGGUUUGGGCGAGAGCGUUAGCCGAGUUGGCGGUUCCUGUCGCUGGACGGGCGGCCACUUGUUACGAUCGCGACAAGCAGGCCUGGGCCAUACGAUGCGAUACACAUUCGGAGACCGUUCGGCUGCACAUGCUGUACCGCGAUGUACACCACGUGCCACGUAAUCACUUACGCUACGUGAGCUGGUCGGCAUGGUUGGUGCGCGUUGCCCCUGCGACUGGUGAGCCUGAGGCGGAUGAAUUGCCCGGGGCACCGUUCGAGAACUAUUACGCUCAGGAGAGCGCGGACGAGGGCCUCAUGAUGGAAACAGCGCUGAGGGUAGAAGAUGUAUCCCGUGCUGGCAGCCCGUUUCUUCACCCGGGCGGAGAACUUCGUGUCCGGCUCGAGUGGACCGACACAUAUCUCUUAUUUCAAGCGACCUAUCAUGUCUACGACGAUCUUUGUCGAUUACACGCUCACCAAAUGAGACGUGAGAUCGCGGCGCUGCAGGCGGAGAACUACUCGCUGGAGCGGCAGCUGUUCAGCUACCAGAAGACGCUGGCGUUUGCCCAGGCGCAGGCGGGCGGCGAGCCGGCGGCGGAGGGCAGCGGCCGACGCUCGCCCGCUGAGCGCUCGCUGUCCACGGACACGGAGUACGCGUGAGACGGGCGCCGGCAGCGCGCUCACAGCCCGCUGACCGCCUUCUACAAGCCCGCACUCAACCCUUCUAUCCUUUCGACUGAAUCUAACGUUUUUGAACGAUUUAUCUAUUUUUCUAAACGUUUUAUGGCGAGCUGCGCCCUCGUCCGCACCGCUUCUCGCCGGUCGCCUGCACUCUCGCCGCUCGGAUCUAUCGAUAGCUGAUUAUUGUAUUCGACUACUUUUCUAUUUAUCUGUACAUAAAAUAUAUUUAGAUAUAAUAUAUUAUGUAUAUUUCUUAACUUGAAACUCGAAUUCAUAUACUACAACAGUCGAUUUACGAAUAAAAAUAUAAUUAAAAAUUA